AUGGCUACUGAACAGUGCGAGGACACAUCCACGGACAUGAGCUACGAGAACCAGAGCACUGGACUCAUGGCAAGGAUCUGGAAAUUUAACCCCAAGGAAGUUUUCACCUGGCAGCUGGCCAAAACGUUGGCCAUGGGUCAGGGCCUGGCAGGGCUCAUCUGUGGGACGGCCAUUGCCUCCCAGUACCUGGCAACAAACUUCCAUGUGAACACACCCAUGCUGCAGAGCUUCUUGAACUACACCCUGCUGUGUGUCACCUACACCACCAUGCUGAUCUGCAGAACAGGGGAUGGCAAUAUUUUACAGAUUCUGAAGAACCGAUGGUGGAAGUACCUUCUGCUGGGGCUGGUGGAUGUGGAAGCCAACUACGCCGUGGUUAAAGCAUACCAGUACACCACCAUCACCAGUGUACAGCUGCUCGACUGCUUUGUGGUCCCUGUCCUAAUGCUCCUGUCCUGGUGGGUUUUGAAGACACGAUACAGGCCGGUCCACUAUGUAGCGGUCUGCAUCUGUCUCCUCGGGGUGGGGGCCAUGGUGGGGGCUGACCUGCUGGCUGGACGGGACCAGGGCUCCACCUCCAACAUCUUGUUGGGUGACGCCUUGGUGCUGCUCAGUGCGACGCUGUACGCUGUGUCUAAUGUGUGUCAGGAAUACACAGUGAAGAACCUGAGCAGAGUGGAGUUCCUGGGCAUGAUCGGCCUGUUCGGCACAGUCAUCAGCACCGUACAGAUGGUGAUCCUGGAACGUAAUGAAGUUGCUAACAUUCAGUGGAGCUGGCAAGUCGGGCUCCUGUUCUCUGCCUUUGCUUUGUGUAUGUACGCUCUGUACAGCUGUAUGCCCAUAGUGAUGAAGCUGAGCAGCGCCACCUCCGUCAACCUCUCCCUGCUCACCGCUGAUCUCUUCAGCCUCUUCUGUGGAGUCUUCCUCUUUCAGUAUACUUUCUCUGCACUCUACCUGGUCUCACUGGUGGUCAUCCUCAUUGGUUUCAUCACCUUCAACGCUGUGCCAGCACCAGCUGACCCCGGUGACCCCACUGACCUUGCUGACCCCACCACCUCCUCUUCCUCUGCCAACGACAACGAGGGAUACAACAACAACCCCGCGGCCUCUAAGAAUGAAAUCACCGAGCAGGAAGUGGCCGUGAAGAUCACUACUGAGGAGGAAGAGGAUGAUGAAGAGGAGCAGCAGGCGGAUGGAGAGAGGAGGGAGGGCUGGGAGGAAGAUGAGAGGAGGAGGAAGAAGAGGAGAGCGUCAGGGCCAUCACAGAGGUUUGGAGGAGGGAACGAUGAUGUUGUUGCUGUUGGACGCAGCACUAAAAUGUGAACACCAGCACAACAACCUGUCAAUAUGUCAUAUUUUUUAUUUUUAAAAACAUUUAUUUAUUGAGUUAUUGAGUUUUUCUUGUAUAUAACAGCAGAGAGUACAUACAGAAAUUAACAAUACAGAUAUGAAUGAGAAAAUAAUGGAAAUAAAAGCAAAUACAAACUAAAACAGUGGUACACAUCUCAUCCUUCAGAUGGUUAAAGCUGCUGUCAUUGUUACUUAUGAUGUUAUUAUAUCAGGCAUCCUCCGAGUUGCAUAUUUUUUAUUUUUUUAUCCAUGUUCACUUUUAGCAAAAGUCACUUGCCUCACAGUCCUGUUAUCCACUCACUGCAUGAUUUUUUUCUGGGUGUUUUACAAAUGUUUUGCUCAAAGAAAACAAAAUAAUAAUGACUAACUAUCUGCUCCCCUCUGCCUCCACAUCCUCCAUUACAAAUAUCCUCCACAACAGACAUGGAUUACACUCAGCGAAAUUUGGAAAGCAGUACAUCUUUACUGUGCAAAAAUAUAAUGUAAAUAGAACCACAACGAACCAGUUUACACUCUUGAAUAUUGGCAUCGUCUUACAAAAUGACACAUCUGAGCAUUUUUCUGAUCUGGUGGCUGAGUCACAGGAUCAACAUCACCAAAAGGAUUCAUAUGGCAAUUUUCAGCUCUGACGUCUCUGGUUUGGUUUGGUUAAGUUUGGGUUUUGGCUAAAGGAAACUGACAGUGACUGCUGGAGAUGGGGUGUGAACCACAGUCUCCACAGUCACAGUCAGAUGCUGUGUGUGGCUCAUUACAAAAUCAGAGCAGUAAUAUCAACCUAAAAUAAAAAUAAAAAAACACCACUAUGGACAUUGUACGACUUUGUUCAUUUUGCAAUUUGGUGUUUUUUUCUCAUUCCCAUGCAUAACUGGCAAAUAGAUGACAUGAUGCCAUGAGCCUCCUUCCAACAGCUAAAAAUUAAGACUCUCCCUUAGUCAGGCCCAAUAACUUCCUGGAAUCUCUGCUGGUAGCUGAGCAACCAGUCCGAACCAAGAAAUAGUCAUGGGCAUAUAACACCCC